AAAGCAAUCACUGGGGAACUAAAGAGGAGCCAGGGCUGCUUGAAAGAGGCUCACUGACCUAUCAAUCUGCCAGAAGACUGUGAGCUAUCAGCUAUCACUCGUGGUGAGGUGGGCUUUCAGUGAUGCAGUGGUCUGUGAGCCAUCUCCACUCAUGUAACACCACACCCCAACACCUAAGUAACCCCAACAAACUCAUUGGCAAGCCAAUUUGAACUUUGGUGUGACUGUUAUUUUGAUCUGUCAUUGGUUCCCUAUCUUGGGUGAAUCGACAUCUCUGUAAAGAACUUGAACAGAGGCUGUAAAUCCAGGGGAGUGAGUAACCCAAGGAGGGGGUGUGAGCUCAUGGAGAAAAGUGAGAGGUAACUUACACCCUCCCUCCACUCCCCACCCCUGCCCUAGAGGACAGUUGCCAAGUCAACAGUGACCUCACAGUCACUCUCCAGGCCUUCUACCCCACCAGGCCAGCCUCCAUAUGCUUCCUACCUCUGCCCUUCAUCUUUACAUCCAGAGGAUACAACCUGCCUCACCAGCAGACCCAAGGACCAAGAGAAAAGAGUGACAGGCUCUCCUGUGGGGCACAGCCGAGGCAUCAGCAUGGCAGAAGACUCAGAAGAUCUGAUGCCCACUGAGAGGAAGUCAGUCUGGAGGACGGCGGAGGAGAGGCGGAUGUCCGACCUCACCCGGGUGCUGGAGUGGCUGGAGAGGAGGCAGGGCAAGAAGAAGCGUGCCCUCCAGAAAAAGAUGGAGGAGGCGUACCAUGCAGAAGAGAGGGCAAAGAAAGGCAUGGGCGCUAAGAAGAAGCAGGACAAAGAUGGCCGCAAGGUGACCUUCAACAAGGCUGCUGAGAAUAAUGUACCUCGUGGCUCCAAGAAUCAAGAUCCAAACAGCAGCAAGAAGCUCGUCGGUGGUUACCAGAGAGGGUAUGGAACAGACUUUAAAGGCAAGCGUUUAAGCAUGCUGUCCUCCAACUUCAGCAGGGAUGGCCUUAAGAAGUCUGGCACAUCUGGAUCAAGAAGAGGAUCAGAGAAUGUAGACUUAGACAUCAAGGAUGUCAUAGCCCUAGAAACCAACACUCGGGUCAACCCAUUCCGUAGACAAAGCUCCAUAGAUCCUAUACUCCAGGAAACUAUGUUUGGCACUCGGAGGUCAGGCCUGAUGAGAGACUGGCCAAGCAAGGCUCCCGACAACUACGAUCGCAAGCUGAAGAGCCUCAUGGAGAAGGGCACAGAGCCCAAGAUCGAGACAGCUAAGAUGCUGAAGCCAGAGGAGGUGCUGAGCUGCCGGUACCUGCGUUUGUCCAAGAACAACAUCAAGACCUUGAUCAAGCUGUGCAAAGACGCAGGGAUGGACGUGGACAUCCACCCACACAUGGUGGAGUCCGAGAUAGACUCCAAGAAGAUAUUCGACCAUCGCUUGAGCACGGCGCUCUAACCGCACUGCCCACCACCGGAGCCUCACCCCAUCAGCCCCGCCACCGACUAGCUUCUCUCUAAACCGCACCAGGCCAACAAGUCAAGAGCAUCAUCACUAGCUGGUGUCAACUUUGUCCUCGGCUCCACCUUGCAGCAGACAAGGAGUAAUGGGAAGAGAGCCCCCUAGAGAAAGCUUGCUGGGUGCAGUGGCAUUUGCCCUUAUUCCUUCACAGGCGGAGGCAGGGGGAUCAAGAGUUAAAGCUCCAGGCCAGCUUGGAGCUGCAUGAGGCACUAUCUAAAACACCAUAAUGGGGAGAGGGGGAGUACAAAGGUUUUUUGUUGUUUUUUUUUUUUAACUGCUUCUUAGGAGAAAAUGCUUCUUGAGCAAGGAAACAGGGCCUCAAGUCCCUAGAGAACUUGGGAGAGGAGAAAAAGCUGAACAGCUGCCUGGCGUACAAGCCACUGCCCUAUGAAGGGCACAGCUGUGUGGGGAACUGGCCCUCGUGUAAGCCCGAGGCUGGUGGCUGAAGUCCUCUCUUGUAAGGACUGACUUCAUGGUCACACCAAUUGUAUUUGUUAGUCGUCCUUUCCCCACCAGCUGUACUACAAAGCUUGCUGGAUUCCUCUUGCAAUCUACUAAGACCCCAGGACCCACUGAUGGAACCAGAUCAGCUUGUCCUAAAGCUCUGUCCCACAUGCCCUGGGACCUGUGUGCAACACAAAGUCCCCAGGGGGAAAGCUAGUGAAUCCUCACUCUCGGGGAAGUGUAGAGGGUAGGUAAUCCCAAGAGGAUGUUUGGGAUCCCUUAUGCCACCCCUGGGGCUUUUAGUCCCAUGAGCUGGUGGGCAGCUCUGGGUACAAAAUGGAGUCAGAUCCCUGGAUAGGAGAUCUUAAAGAGCUACAGAGAAAAGGCUUCCUGGUUGCGGAAGCUACUUUUGUUUCUUUCUUUCUUU